AUGGAAAACAAGCUUAGAAACCCUAACUAUACCUGCAUAGCCAAUUCAAACAAAUCUAAAACCCUAGCUAUGCAUAAAGACUCUCACAUAAUAUCAAAGAUCAAACCAAAGAUACGAAUAAUUCAUAUAUUUGCACCCGAGAUAAUCAAAACCGAUGCUGAGAAUUUUAGAGAGCUUGUGCAGAAGUUAACUGGGAAACCAAGCGAAGAGAAAAAGAAUUUCAAAAAGAAAACAAGGGCAAUAAUAGAAGGAAUAUCAAAAAAUGAAGGAAUUAGAGAGCAAGAUUCUUCAAGGAGUACUAGUAGUGGAAGUGGUUUAUCAUCCGAAGAUUGUCCAAGAAAGGAGAUGUUGAGCAAUGGUGGAUUUUGGGGGUUGGAUCUGACAAUGGAUAGAGUGAUCAAAGAAGAAGUAAGAGAUGGUGAGAGUUGUGGUGGGUAUUUAGGUGGGUUUUCUGAUUUGGAAGGGUUUAUUUCUGAGAUUAAUGGUGGAUUUCCUUUGUUUCCUUUGGAUGCUACUCAUAAUAUGCAAGGGUUUGAACAACAUCAUCAGCUUCUAUAA